AUGCACAUGCAGAAUCUGGGCGCCGCAAACGGGGCAGCGUGCGACCCAUUGUUCAAAGAUACGGCAACAAAUUAUAGGCCAGAUCUUCCAGGACACAGGGAAUUUGAACAACAGCCCGACUUGCCCAACGAUUACAUGGAUGAAGAGGAAAGACAUGAGGAACUCGUGAGAGCACAGCAAUUGAGUUUCAGGCGCAUACUGAAUGCCCCGCCAUAUGACGUCGACUUGCCGUGGGACGACAUACUGAAAUACAACUGUUCAUUGGAGGAACUGGUCCUCUUCUUCCCGAACCACGUCCUACAAUGGCCCGUCCUAGCACUGACUCUACGUAUGGCUGGGUGGGAUCGCAUGUUUGCACGAUGCGCAUUCUUCAUUAAUGCUAGUCGCAAGGUACACAGGUGUCCCCGAGAAAGGAUGCUUGCUGAGCCCUUACCUUGCAAGUUGAAAGUCGAAAGGGCUAUACAGGAGCUUCAACCAACCUUCAGCCUUGAUCAGUGGGACACUCACUGGGGUCAUGGGUUGCCCAAUUCGAGCUGGCGUGAGAAGAACAUCCAGAGGAAACCCAGAAGAUUUCCCAAAGCCCCCGUUCGCACAGUAUCACUGGCAGAGGCGGCUAGUUAUGUGCAAGUCAAUCCCUACAGUGAUCGUGAAUUCUCACGUCAGGCACAGAAGAUGCUCGUACAGAAACAGCGCGAAGAGAUGCGACAUGCUUAUGCUUUCAUACUGCAGACCGAACCACACCCAUCAAAUAUGCAUAUGCCGCCGAUUGAUGGCGGCACUGACUGCGAGAUGAUAGAUAUCGAUACUCUGUUGCGACAACAACGGAUGAAUUCAUACCACAACCCCGUAUGCCCCUACCAGAAACGAAGCGCGUGCGAGGACUACAUCGACUGCCCGUACAGUCACAUUGAAGAUAUGCCAGGCAAUGUACAGGCAGUGCCUCCACCCGAUCGAGCCAGAGCGACAUCACGAGCUUGUAGAUUUGAUCCUCGAUGUAAAAACGUUUCGUGCAUAUUUGAACAUCCGAAAAGAGACUCCGAAGAACCCAUGAAAGCAUGUAAAUUUGAUCCAGUCUGCCGCAACCGAAAAUGUAUAUUCGACCAUCCUCAGCGUGAUACCCAAGCGACACGCAAUCAGAGUCAACCGAACAUCCAAAUCCGACAAGGCCCAGUUCAGGCUUGCAAAUAUGGUUCCAGAUGCAUGAACCCUCAGUGCCUGCGUGGCCAUCGGAGUCCGGCCGCACCUCCUAACUCCCAUUUGCCAAUCUUAGCAGAAAAAUGGUGCAAAUGGAACAACAACUGCAAAAAUCCAGCUUGCUCACUGAUGCAUUCUGCACCAGCUUUAGAACUCGUUAACGAAGCGCCGAAAGGAACAAAAAAUCAGUCCCUAAACGGGAGCACUCAUCCCAACGGACCUCUCUUACACAAUACGCCAGCAGUUCGUGGCAUACUGAGAAAGAACAACAAGCCUGAAGAUAGAAACCACGGUCACAAAAUUAUGCCGCACGGGGGCCAAAUCGAACAGCAGGCAAAUGGCCGGAAUCGCCGUCGGGGGAAGCGGGUUACCUUUGCCACGUAA